AUGAAAUACUGCUGCAAUAGGUAUACUGGUAAUACUGAUAUUACUAAUACAUUAAGGUUUACUUCUAUAGCUGGAAUUUCUAUGACUGAAAUUAAAACAUUUUCAGAUGCAAGCGAUUUAAGACUAAGGAGUAAACGAAUGGCAAAGAAAACGCGAUAUGAACCAGUUGAAGCACAUUGUAAUUGUAUUGGUAAAUCUGAUAUGGAAUGUUUUCGAUUCGAAUCGAUCCCACCAUCUGAUUAUGCCAGAUGUAUUUGUACAUAUGAUACUGAUUUGGACGUUGCUUGGCCAUGUUUCAAUAUAUCGAUAUGGUAUGAAGAGAAAUGCAAUGCAUGUAUUGCGAAUGGUUUUUGUGUGCCAAUAAAAGAUUAUUCGAUCCAAAGCGCUGCUGAAUUGCCUUGUUUAUGUCGGAAUCGUACCACUGAUUCAGUAAGCUUCGAGAAUUUUUGA